AUGUUUCGAUGCAUCAAUGCCAACAUAUCAUCUAGAGCAAGAGGAUUAGGCGAACAAGUCGUCCGCUCAUUGAUAGAGCAUGGCGCAUUUGUAUCUAUUUUAGAUAUCAAUGUUGAACUAGCCGAGAAACUAGUUGAGGAACUAGGCCAUGACAAAUGCUACUUUCAUGGCUCCACCGAUGUCUCUAAAGAGUCUGAUGUAGACAUUGCUUUGGCUAAAACGCUGGCUUAUUUCCCAAAGGCUACUGUAGGAGGCGCUAUUCUGUCUAGCGGUAUUGUCACACCCCCAUCAUCUAUCAGCGGCUAUGGACCUGAUUUUUCGUUGACCAGCUACCAACAGUUUGAGCGUGUCAUUAAGGUUAAUCUGCUGGGUACAUACUGCGUUGCACAAAAGGUUAGCGAAUUGCUCUUGAAAAACGAACCAAUGAAUCAAGAUGGUGAGAGAGGUAUCAUCAUCACUAUAUCGUCUAUACUUGGACUGGAUGGCUUGAUGGUUGGAUACGGUACAUCGAAAGCGGGCAUUGCUGGCCUCACUCUGCCACUUGCAAAGGAAUUGUCUCCGUUUGGUAUUCGAGUUAUGAGUGUAGCGCCUGGUGUAUUUGAUACACCUAUUGUCGAUAGAUCCUCUAAUACCACACCUUUGGGUUUGUUUCCCAAAAGACUAGGCACGCCAACUGAAUUCUCGGAUCUCGUAUUACAAAUCAUUCAAAUGCCCAUGCUGAAUGGCUCUGUGAUAAGGCUGGAUGGUGCGUUGAGAGCUUAA